GGGUACAGUGAGGCAACUCAGAAGGAUGCUCAAGUACUACUAUAGUCACCAAAGAAUUUCUCUUUACCACCUGAUGUUGUCAUCCAAUGAGAGAAUGCAGUUUGAUUUUCUGGUAGUUAUUGACUUUGAAGCAACUUGUGCUCAAUAUAAUGAUGACUUUGUGCAAGAAAUAAUUGAGUUCCCUGCCGUGCUAGUGGACAUCAGAUAUCAGGUUGUG